AUGCCCCGGGAUCCCAAUCGCGAGCGGAUGCGCGCGCGUCAAGCUUGUCGAAAUUGCAGGUUCGUUGCUGGUCUUGGAUCACGGACACAGGACAUGCUAAGCGUCUCGUAUCCAGGAAGAAAAAGGCGCGGUGUCCUUCCGAAAAGCCAGCCUGUUCAACUUGCAUUCGCCUCAAACAAUCAUGUCACUACGAUAAGCCCCAUCCACCAGUAUGAACAAAACCCCUUACCAGACCAGUCUCUGAAUACCGUUCUGAUCAAGAAGCAGGACCGUUUGGCCGAUCUGGAGAGAAAGGUCGAGCUCAUCCUCAACCGUAAAGAUGAGUACUCUACGGGCAGCGCAGGUGGAGAUCUACAUUCAAAACGCCCCAAAGAACCACGCGAGGGCUUCUCAAACUUCAGGCCCAGUGAGAGUGAGCGCAUGGCAUCUGUGACCCCUAUUGAUGGACCGGAAUAUCACGUAGCCCAUGGCAACUCACCACAGGGCAAAGAAUGGGAUAUCUCCCGUAACCGCGAAUCGGCCAUAUCCAAAGCUCUUGUCGCCCACGGCAUUCAACUUUACUUUGAGCGAUUUCAUCGCCAACCUAUCUGGUGCUUUGACCCUCAAGACGUGGCCAAUCCAUCUGACAUACCAACCGAGCUCCUUUACAGUAUCUUGGAAUUGACUUCUCGAUUAUCGAACGAUCAACAAUUUCCGAGAUAUGGUACUCUUGCCAAGUCCUCAAUCUUCAUCCGUGUCUCAGAGGGAACUGCUGAUAUCGAAAUCAUUGAAAGCCUCUGUUUGCUUUCAUACUCUGCCUUCAUGGAUGGCAAUGAUCGCCUAGGCAAAUCCUACCUUGGCAUGGGCUUUCAGCUUUGCCAGGAGUUUGAAAUAGACCAACUCCCAAGGUCGAGUAUCGAAAACUCCACAUCAGAUCGUCAGAAGAGGUCUUUCUGGAGCCUUCAGUCGCUGGAGCAGUUUUACGGCGACCAGGAUGGCAUCUUGAGCAGACUUCCUGACAUUUGGCGCCCUUAUUACACAUCCAACGUCGGCAAAUUGCUGUUCCCCGGCAAUUCUACAGAAAUAUCAACAGCUUCCGACAUCGGCAUCUGGAUGUUUUCUGUGCAUUUUGGCUGGGCGUGGAGUAGAGUGCGCGAAUACGUCUCCGAAUGUUCCCGGAAUCAACUCAAAGAGCCUUGGCACCUCGACUCGACUUACGCCAAGGUGCUCGCGGAUAUGACACAAAUUGAGAAUAAGGUACCCUUAUGCCACCGAUAUGACAAGUUGAAGUUCUACCAACGCCAGCCGGAGGAAGUACAACUACAUCAAAACUAUUGGUUGCCCUGGCUAAAGCUCCAAUUCACGUGGCACGCAAUACUCACAACGAUCAACCAUCCUUUCUUGUACAUCACAGCAUCGCAGAACCAUCCCAGUCUUGCUAUUCCGAAUACCUUUUGGAGAAGGUCUUCAGAGCUUGUACUACUACACGCCACCUGGACUGUGCGCUUGAUCGAUAUGAUCCAAGAGAAAGGAAUCGAAGUACUAGAUCCUUUCUUCGCCCACGCUGCAGCCAUCGCAGCGACAGUACACAUCUACUUUUCUUGUGCUCCAGAUCCACGAUUGAAACAGAAGUCCCGGCUAGAUUAUGAGAAGUGUCGAAAGUUCAUGGCAACAUUCUCCACCGUCUCACAUGCUUCUGAACGUCUUGUAAGUCCCUUGUUCACGAUCCAACGGUCAUGA